AUGGCGCCGUCCACCGAUCGCACAACGGACGCCGUUGCUACGUCCAGCAGCGCCCGACCGCCGCCCCGUCCCGAGUCCGAGCGCGCGUCGUCGUCGACGUUCGUCUGGGACCAAGCGACGCGUCCACACGGCACUGAAAAAGCCGACGACGUUCAGCGGACACCUUCGACGAUCAAGAGUGACAGCGACUUAAAGCGGCGCCCAUUGCCUUCGCUACGGUGUGGUAAGCUGCAGACGUUCCAGUCCACUCAGCUGGUCCAGUGGCGGCGUCGGUACUUUGAAGGCAUUUUGCGCUGGGAAACGGCGCUUCGAUUGAUGUUCGUGGCGCUUCCCACGCUCGUGUUCCUGCGCGUGAACAAUGCGCGCAUUGUCGUGUCGUUCUUCUUUGUCUACGUGAUGCUGCAGGCUCUCGCGAUUCUGUGGGGAUUCCUCUUCAACGUCGGAGCUGUGCUGGGGGAGAACAUGAGCACGAUCAUCACCAUGCCCUUCACUCAAGCAGUCUGCGUUGUUGUCGUGUACGUGUCGGUGAUGGGCAUUAUCCUGUCUUUUGGACGGGCCACGUGGAUCCUGACGUGGCAAUCGUUGGAGAACUUUCCGCUGAUUCGACGCAUUAUUGCGUGCGAAUGCAGUCCACAAGCAGUCAUUCUUACAGUCGCGAUGCCUCUACUGAUCAUUCUUCCUAGCUUGAUCAUGGUUCCGUCGUAUUGCACGAGCACGGUGUUGCAAGAGUCGUCAACGCUGAUCCAUGCAAUGUGUGAAGAGUCGUACAUGAAGCUCUUGACCGAUAAGCACCCGGUGUUUCAGCGGGCGUUGCGUAUAUCUACUGCGAUUGCUAUCUGCCAGUUCAUUCAGCUCUCGCUAGAGAUCUUGCCACGAUGGCGUUCGGCGCUAGCUGGACUUGGCACCAUGAAAACGUUUUUCCUCGGGGGAUGGUUGCUAGGGAUGAACUUUUUGGGUGGUCUGUGGACUGUUGAAUGGAGUGCGCGGCACAUCGGUCUCAAAAUCACGCCUCUGAGCGAUCUUACAAACUACCAGUGGGAAAUCUUUGGCAUGGCCUUGCUCGUCGGAUGGAUACUUUGGUUUCUAGCAGUCACGUGCUUCACGUAUCCCAACGUAAGCAAGUGUGACUCGAACGAGAAGGCGCUCUCAGGCUUUUUCGAGCGGCUCAAGUUUACCUUCGUCGUUGGACAGGGCAUUGUGUUUCUUCGAGCUUGCGUGCAUCCACACAUGGGCUUUGUGCACGCCCAGCUGGAGCUUACUAUUAUCAAUUUGCUACUGCCGUCCAUUUACGUGGUAUCGCUCAUCUGCCUUCGAAUGGUCAGUCUGCUGAGUGCCCGUGCGGUACUGUUUGCCGGCCCUUUGGCUUUAGCAAUGGCCACGAUCAUCUUUGUGAGCUCGAGGAUGACGGAGAAACCCCACGUUUUCAUUGUGGUCGGCCUCUUCUUCUUUGAUCGCUUUUUGCGCUCCGAAGCUGCUUCAUCGUUGAGCGAAGUGGGACAGUCUCUCCAACAAAUGUUGCAGGAGACAACGUUCGACAAUGACCAUCCGCUUUUGGGUCACCGAACGGCCAAGAAAUUCGUAAAUAUCGCGAUUGCUAUCCUGCUAUUGUUUGUAGCAGCACUUUCAGGGUUCAGCGUUCUUUCCGCUCUUCAGAAGAACGCAAAGUGGUUCCCAGAUGCCACUUCUGUGAAGUAUGAGGACGACACGAUUUACAUUCAUCAUACGGGAGUUGUGAAGUUGCGCCUGGGUCUUUCGAAUCAGACAAACCCGGCUAUCUUCGUCGACGACCCGCUGUAUGCAAGCUGCUCGAAUCAAUGGAAUGGACUCAGCCUGAUUGAUUUGGCUUUUUUCGCUGAAGCGGCGUACUUCAACCCUUUGUCGAACGACACGGCAGAGUUUAUCUCGGCAAUAUUUAACGACGAACUGGGCGACGUGCACGUUUACUUGCCCGCGCUGAACACCAAGACCGGAUCAAAGCUAGACUUUUUCGAAGCUCACAUCCCAAAGCUCAACACGAGCGUCAUUUCUGUGCGAGGUACCGAUAUAUGGCGAUUCACGGAUUUUGUCGAGGACGUGAAAAUGUUUUUCGAGCCAGUGGUCUUCUCGGUGCUGUCGUCGAUAUUUCCGACCAUCCGCAUCUGGCCUGACGUCACAUUUUCCACACUGAUUGAGCUGUACAGUGAAAUGAUUGGUUUGUUUGGUCUGCAACACGAGUCAUGGUACUAUCAUGAACUUCUGGACUACGUCACCUCCCUCACGGACCGAAAAGUUGUGCUGACGGGCCAUUCCAUGGGCGGUGGCAUUGCACGGCUCGUUGGCUCCAUCGUCGGGACGACAUCUGUGACCUUUUCGCCGCCCGGAUUCGUCCAAAGCUAUAGUAAAUUGGUCCACCAUAUCGGCGGUACGUCGAUGAAGGUCGACCGGGCAAGCUUGCAUCACCGCAACUUUGCCGUGGUGCCCGAGUACGAUCCAGUCACCAUGAUCGACGUUCAAGCUGGCAUGACCCAGAAGAUCUCGUGUGAUACGCCGCAUUUAUCGAUGCAGCUGUCUUGUCAUAUGCUUGAGGGAACGAUUUGUAACUUGGUGGAACACUGUGGCUAUGCUCGAGGCAGGAUCUCAUCGUGUCUAUUCGAGCAUAACAUUGCCGGAGCUACGGAGGACAUGCUCCCUCGAUUGCUUCCAACGAUCUAUAAGCCUCAGAUGUACAUGUUGCUCACGGUGACGCUGCUGAUUGCGCUCUCCAUUUGGUACCGUCGUCACCGUCGCAAGGUUCGGACGCCACUAUCGACGUCGUCUCGUCGCGGCGAGGGUAGGACAUCGAGCCGCUUUGCACAUGGCUCAAGAAACAUGCGAGAACUGCAUACGUCCCCGUACGUCCGGCGCAAGUCCAUUUUCUAG